UUUUAGUUUAGUAGAUAGGCUAUGCAGGUGACUGUGGAGUCACUACCUGUAGGUCUUGCCCACUGCGCAGUAAACACGGAGGCGUGCUGGAGCACUGUUCCGCUUUUCAUCCUGUGGUUUCGAGUUCUGCAUCAUGGCUUCACGAAAAGGAGUUCUCCAAUCUAAGGCUGCGCAAACCAAACAGAGAAGGAGACCCAAAGCUAUAGGACAAUUGAAUGUUCUAGGCGGAACUGGUGAUGCAAGUAUUGAAAACAGCCAUACUACUGGGAUAGGAAAAUAUAUUGAAAACUACACAAAGAAUGUACUUCAUGUGACACGAGACGGACUGCCUGCCACAGACAGUUCAAGAGAACUACGUAAUGAACACCCCAUGACAUCAACGCCGCAAUUUCGACAUGAGACCAGUAAUCCAACAUAUUCAAAUCAACUGUUCAAUAAAGCUUGCCUUGAAGGAAAAAAUAAUCGAGUGAAAGAACUGAUAUCCAAAGGUAGUGUGGAUAUAAACAACAUAAGCCCUGGAGGAUGGACUCCAGUGAUGAUUGCAGUAUGUCGAGGACAUACACAGGUAUUUAAUACUUUACUGAAAGAACAGUGCGACCUUUCAUUAGUGUUAGAUAAUGGUGACAACAUACUUCAUUUGGCAUGUUAUGGACUCAAUGCUGCCAUUGUCAAAGAGUUAGUUUCAAACGUUGAGAUAAGUUUUGAGAAAAAGGACAUUUUGGGUAGAACUCCACUGAUGAAAGCAGCCAGCACUGGAAAUAAGAAAGUGUUUGUCUUACUUGUAAAAGAAGGUUGUAAUCUUUCGGCAAUGGAUUAUAAGGGGAACAAUAUGCUUCAUUAUGCUUGCUCCGGUAGCAGUGUGUAUAUAGUAAGGUAUCUUUUGCGACAAAAGGUAGCUGAUAUAGAGAGUAGAGGUGAGGAUGGGGUGACCCCAGUGAUGGUGGCGACAAAGAAUGGACAGAAGGAAGUGUUUGAUUUCCUUCGGGGAAAAGGAUGCAACCUAUCGGUAGUGGAUGAACUAGAUAACACCGUUCUUCAUGCUGCCUGCUGUGGUGACAGCGUGUAUAUAGUCAGAUAUCUUCUUUCAAAUAAGAUAGUUGACAUUGAGAGGAGAGGUGAGGAUGGGUUAACGCCAGUUAUGGUGGCAGCAAUGAAAGGACAAACAGAAGUGUUCGAUGAACUUGUAAGGAACGGAUGUGACCUAUCUGUUGUUGAUGAUCUGGGGGACAACAUCCUGCAUAAUGCUUGUUACAGUGAUAAUGUCAGUAUUGUUACGGACAUUCUUUCACAGAAAUUAGUUGAUAUAAACAGUAAAGGUUAUGAUGGAAAUACACCAUUGAUGGUGGCGGCACAAGAAGGCAAUAAGAAAGUGUUUGAUCUACUUGUCAGCAAUGAAUGUCAUCAGUUUGAUGUCAGUGAUAGUGGUGGCAACAUCCUCCAUGCAGCAUGUCUUAGCAAUGAUGCAAUGUUAGUUAAACACAUUUUGUUAUGUGGUGUAGCUGACAUUGAGAGUAAGGAUGAGGACGGAGCAACACCUGUGAUGCUUGCAGCUGAAGAAGGGCAUAAGGAAGUAUUUGAUCUACUUGUAAGUGAAGGAUGUAAUCUAGAUGUGCAAGACAAUGAUUGUUCCAAUAUUCUUCAUGCUGCCUGUAGUAGUCACAAUGUAAAGAUUGUUGAGGACAUUCUCUCACGUGAGAUAGCUGACAUUGACGGCCGAUCUUCGGACGGGCUAACGGCAGUUAUGAAGGCAGCAGCAAACGGCCAUAAGAGAGUGUAUGAUCUACUUGCCAGGAAAGGUUGCGACCUAUUGGUAGUAGAUAACAUGGGUGACAAUAUCCUGCAUGCAGCUUGUGCAAGUGAUAAUGUCAAUUUUGUUAACUGCAUUCUCUCACGUGAUCUAGCUGACAUAGAGAGCAGAGGUGAAAACGGGCUCACACCAGUGAUGGUAGCAGCAGUGCAUGGUCAGAGGAAGGUGUUUGAUCUACUGGUGAGAAAAGGAUGUGAUCUUUCUGUUACGGAUGAUCAUAGAAAUAACAUUCUCCAUGCAGGUUCCUCAGGUGGUAACGUCAAAAUUGUUGAAUACAUCCUUUCUUGUGACUAUCUUCUGGGUCGCAAUAUGGUUGAUAUUGAUAGCAGAAAUGAGACAGGUGUGACACCAGUGAUGACAGCAGCUUUCACUGGACAGAAGAAAGUCUUUGAUCUACUGGUGAGCAAACAUUGUAAUAUGUCAAUGGUAGAUGAUUCAGGUAGAAACAUACUUCAUUUUGCUUGUUUUAGUGACAAUGCACAGAUUGUUGAGUACAUACUCUCACAUCACAUAGCUGACAUAAACAGCAGAAAUAAGGACGGACUAACACCAGUGAUGAUUGCUGCAUGUCAAGGCCAAAAGAAAGUCUUUGAUCUCCUUUGUGGUAAAGGAUGUGAUCUAAAUCUUACAGAUCACAAAGACAGAACCAUCCUUCAUGCUGCUUGUUAUGGUGACAAUGUACACAUUGUUGAACAUCUCCUCUUACAUGAGAUAGUUGACAUAAACAGCCGCGAUGAGAAUGGACACACACCAGUGAUUGUUGCAGCCCAAGAGGGUGAGAGCAAAGUGUUUAAUCUACUUGUCAACAAACACUGUGAUCUUUCAGUGCUCAAUAAUGACAACUACACCAUCCUACAUGUAGCAUCUAAUGGUGGAAGUGUCCGGAUUGUUAAGCGUAUUCUUUCACGUAACGUAGCUGACAAAGAUAGCAGUGGAAACAAUGGAGUAACACCGAUAAUGGUAGCAGCAGAGAAUGGCCACAAGAAUGUCUUUGAUCUACUGGUGAACAAAGGAUGCAGUUUGACAACAGUAGAUGAUUCAGGUAGAAACAUUCUUCAUUGCGCUUGUGUUGGUGGCAAUGUACAGAUUGUUGAGUACAUUAUCUCACAAGGCUCAGUUGAUCUAACCAGAAAAGAUAAAGAAGGGCAAACACCGAUAAUGUUAGCAGCAGAGAAUGGCCACAAGAACGUCUUUGAUCUAAUGGUGAAGAAAAGAUGCAAUUUGUCAACAGUGGAUGAUUCAGGUGGAAACAUUCUUCAUUGCGCUUGUGUUGGUGGCAAUGUACAGAUUGUUGAGUACAUUAUCUCACAUGGGUUAGUUGAUCUAACCAGAAAAGAUAGAGAAGGUCGCAGUUUGUACUCCAAGCUAGCAACACCUCCUCAGCCUACGAAGCAACCCAAGCCAUCCAGCCACCAAGCCAACCUCACCCAGCAAGCCUCCGAAGCCAGCACAGUUCCACUGAUAGCCAGCCCAAGAGCAACACCUCGGUAA